CUGACCGCGGCAUAUGCUCUGCGAUGGUCUCAAAAAGUAACAGAGACCUUUAGCAGAAACAGAGUAGGGUACAAUCUGAACACGGCUUUGCUUUGAACCUAGUUUAUUUCAAAGUAUUUUUUCAGUCAUCCAUCUGUCACCCUAUGGACUGCCUUUUUCCCUUUACCAACCGUUUUUGAACAUCAACAUCAAGUGACCUGACUUUACUUUCAAUUUCGAUCAUAACCUUGAAUACUUUUUUCCUGCUGGUGUUUGGUGACGAAGUAUCUUUCUGAUUUCCUCUUGGGUUCCUACGCCUUAUAAAUUGGCUCUGCCAGGACAACAACGCAUUUUCAGUGGUUGUUUCCUUAGCUGUUCUGAAACUUGGUGGAACAAAUCAGUAAUGUAGGAAAAUUAAAUUGUAAUACAUUACUGCAUUAGUUACAGACAGUUCCUGAAUUCGGAAAACGUUAAAGUAAGCUAAGGAAAACCAGACUCAUCAGCGCCAUGAAGAUGUAUUUGAUUCUCCUCUUUGGUAUUCAUGGAGCUUUAGCAGUGACCCAUUCCCUGCGUUACUUCAACGCAGCCUCCUCAGGAAUUCUAAACGUCCCAGAGUUUGUGGAAAUGGGGAUGGUGAAUGAUCAGGUCAUUAGCCACUAUGACAGCAUCACGAAGAUUAAGGUCCCCAAGCAGAGCUGGAUGAAGGAGUAUUUUAACAAGCAAUACUGGGAUAGCACCACAGAGAACUUGAGAUACGCAGAGGAAGUUUCCAAAGUCAACAUUCAGACAGCACAGAUGCGUUUCAAUCAAACAGGAGGCAUGCACUUUAACCAGGACAUGUAUGGCUGUGUGUGGGAUGAUGAGACAGGAUUCACAGAUGGGUUUCACCAUAUUGGAUAUGAUGGAAUAGACCUCCUGGCAUUUGACCUGAAGACAGAGACAUGGAUUGCCGCAGUCCCGCAGGCAUUCAACUCCAAACUUAAGUGGGAAAGUAACCCUUCUAACAUUGAGAGGGAGAAACUCUACCUCACCCAGGAGUGCAUUGAGUGGCUGAAGAAGUAUCUGGACUAUGGGAAGACUACUCUGCAGAGGACAGUCCCUCCCUCAGUGUCUCUGCUCCAGAAGACCCCCUCCUCUCCAGUGACCUGCCACGCUACAGGUUUCUACCCCAGUGGAGUCAUGGUGUUCUGGCAGAAAGACGGACAAGAUCACCAUGAAGAUGUGAAGUAUGGAGAGAUUCUCCACAACGAUGAUGGAACCUUCCAGAAAAGAACCCACCUCACAGUGACGCCUGAGGAGUGGAAGAACAACAACUAUCAGUGUGUGGUUCAGGUCGCUGGUAUCAAGGAGCACUUCAUCAAGGUUCUGACUGAGUCUGAGAUCCAGACCAACUGGGGUGCAAAUGACCCAAACACCACUGGCUCCGCCCUCAUCAUUGGAGUGGUUGUAGCUCUCCUGGCCAUUGUUGCUGUUGUUGUUGGGGUCUUCAUUUGGAAGAAGAACAAGAACAAGAAAGGCUUUCAUCCAACCAGCACUUCCGACACUGACUCUGACAACUCUGGGAAAGGUGUCCAAAAGACUUGAGACCUCUCUGCACUUCUUUAACAUCAGAGAAGGAGCUGAAGAGGACAGGAACUAAAUGGAAACAACAAACAUUGAACUUCCCAAGAACGUAACACAUACGUAUACUUACACACACAUCAGUCUCACACAUACACCUUUCUCACACACAAGCACACACACACACUGUAAACACAGAAUCCAUAUAUAAAAAAAAUCUUGUAAUAUUGCCACUGUGUGAUAGAUGUAUCUCAGUCUUACGGGUAUAAUAUAAUCAAUGGAACGCCAUUAAAGUUUCUGGAAAGGAUUCGAUUGUUGAGCGAUGUUAAAUUAAGAUCUGAAUUUAUAUUAUUCUACAAAUAAAACAUAAAUUAGCUUGAUUUUCCCCUAACUGAAGCCACCAAAACAAUCACAUUUAAUAUAUAUUGCUGUAAACUAGAAAAACAAAAUAUAUUUGUUUGAAUGUGUAGUGGAGCAGCACGUGUAGGUUUUGGUGAUACAGUAAUUGUGUAACAUGUUAUAACUUUGCUCACAGUAACUUGUUUAAUUGCAUGGCCAUAAGCCAGACAAGGCCUAUCCACAUGUUCCAUUUGUACAUAUUUCUCUUUUACUGAAAAUCGUUUGAUUUAUGAUGGGACUUAACACUUUUUGACUGUACGUUCUGUAGAAAUAAGUUGGUGAUGGGGCAAGUGAACAUGUAUUUUAUUGCAAGUGUUUCUACUUUGUACAUUAUGGAUGCUCUACACAUAGAGCAAUGAUCGACCAAAUCUAAUGCAAGUCCUGAAAACAGGAUUGUUAAUGUGAUCCAUUUAAGAGAUACAUAAUCAACUAGCUUCUACCCCCAAGCCAUAAGACCCAUGGCUUGAUAGAUAAUCAUGGCUACCCAGACUAUUUGUAUUGUUUAUU